UCAGAUUUAUCAAAAAACAGGUUUGGCGAACUUCCACUUGAAGUGUGCGAGUUCUUUCUGUUAGAAAGGCUGAACUGUUACCACAAUAUGAUUCGAUCUCUUCCUGACUCGAUAAUAACUUUGCAUUCAUUAACACAUUUAAAUCUCAGUCGUAACCAACUUUCAACCAUUCCGCCAGCACUUUGCCAACUUCCAUUAGAGCUUUUAGAUGUUAGCAACAACAAACUUGUGUCUCUUCCUGAAGAGAUAGGCCACAUGCAGUGUUUAAUAGAUCUGGAUGUGAGCUGUAAUGAAAUAACCAUCCUUCCACCUCAGAUAGGAGAUCUACAGUCUUUAAGGUCAUUUAACAUAAGGAGAAACCUUCUAGUUGAAUUACCACCUGAAUUUUGUGAACUUCACCUAGUCAAGUUAGAUAUAUCUGGUAACAGAAUAUCCUCACUGCCCACUGCACUUCGGCAGAUGAAAAUGCUGCAGAAACUUGUUUUAUAUCAUAAUCCUUUGACUUCUCCUCCAUCAUAUUUGUGUGCAAGGGGAAAAAUACAUAUAUUUAAGUACCUAGAAAUACAGUUCAUCCGGGAAGAUAAGAAACAGGGACUGCUGUUAAAUUCUGAAUUCCACCAUUCAUGUAGGAAACCUACACUCUUGAAUGACUUCCGCUAUCAAAAUGGUUUAACAGACAAUAGAAGGAAGAGAUACACUGUUGAUUCAGGAUACAAUACUUCAGAUGGAGGGGACAGGCGAUGGUCUCAAGAGUUACAAGAUUUGAACAGUGAUGCAGAAGAGGCCCGUAAGCUGGCUUUACGAGCUGCUGAAUUUACCAAAGAACAAAGGCAAGAAAGAGAACGAGGUUUACAACAACGCUUUUCUGGCACUGAAUGUCCACCAUCUUCUAAUGGAAGUACUAGCUUGUCCUCUACACUGUCUGGACUUAGUAGUUUAAGCACUCCUAGUACACUAAGUCCAGGUUCUGAAUUCAACUUUGAAGAAGAAAUAAACAUGGCUCUUCAACAGAAAUACAGUAAGUCAAGCCAGGAAGAAGAAAAAGACAGAGAAGAAAGGAGAAAGAUAGCACAAAAGUUAUUAGAUCAACACAGAGAAGAUAUCAGAAAAUCACAAGAGUUAAGUGCUGGCGUUCCUAUGCUAGGGGCUGGUGAUGCUCCUGUCUUGGAGGAAGGGCAAGAACUAAUGCAGGCCAACCGACAGAAACCAUACUCACACAUACAAACAUACAAAGAGUACAAAGAGGCCAUUAAAUUUCAGCGAUCUGUUGACAACAACCUGUACAGAAGUUGUAAUGGUAACUCAUCACCAGAUACUAAAACAGAGAUGAUACUUAACUAUCAGUGUGUUGCUACUGCAACACCAAAGUCCAGCUACUCAUGUCCUGAGAAGGUAUUAACAUAUCAACAAAGAAGCGAGGCAGCACUGACCCAGCAGUGUCUCAAAGAAGAAAGGAAUAAACGUAAACAAAUGCAAAAGGAAGCUGUGCUAUCCUAUGUUAAGCAACGCACAAGUCCUAUGGCAGAUGUGUCUGAUGUAUUUCAAGACAACAAUGUAUCCAUGCAUUAUACACCUAUAGAAUGUGGAUUAAAUGGAACAGUUCUUUCAUCUAGGCUUCAGUCAGGCUUAAGAACAAUUUCUAAUCAGCCAAUUCAGGUUGUUAAUACUAACUUCACCUUUAGACGGGAAUUUGAAAAAGCAAGAGAGGAGCGAGAGUUGACUGAACAAUUAAGAAGGAUUAUAGAGUCUAGGCUGAAAGUGACACUACCAGAUGACCUAGGGUCUGCUUUAAUGGAUGGGGUAGUUCUGUGCCAUUUAGCCAAUCAAGUACGACCACGUUCCGUUGGUAGUAUACAUGUGCCUUCACCUGCUGUGCCUAAGCUAACGAUGGCAAAAUGCAGAAGAAAUGUAGAAAAUUUUUUAGAUGCCUGUUACAGGAUUGGAGUACCUAAGGAGGUUAUAUGUUCUCCCCAGGAUGUAUUGGAAGAGCGAGGCUUAGCAACAGUGGCCAUUACAGUACAGGAGUUGCUCAAACAAUCUUUUGACACAAAAUUUCAAGUUACUUAAUUUUUUAAGUACGGUACAGUGUGAAUCAUAUACUAGCCAUUAUUGCCACAUUUGUUGUAGUUUUUUUCCCACCAAAACUGAUUAGUUAAUCAGCAAUUUAUUUUUGAAAAACUAGUCGUCUUCUAAAUUUCCUGUAAUUCUUAUAAACUGUGCAUUUUUCAUUUUAUACAUACAUAUAUAUGUGUAUAUGUAAUUGUUUAGAGAUACAUCAAAUUCACAUAAUCACAUGAUUUUGAUUUAGGUAAGAACAACGUUAUUCGUUUUAAUGUUGUGUUUUUUAAUGGUUAUUGUUUAAGGUGGGGUGCCCAAAUUGUUUUAAUUCUGGAUAGACUUUAAAGUUGGAGUGAGGUUUGAUGAUCUUCGUGGUGAUGAGCAAGACUUUCACAAUAUAUUCUGAGUGAAGAAAGAUACUCCCUCCCAACUAUUUUAAACAAAUGCAGAAGUAUUUUUACUGUGAUUUAAGAAUUUCACUUUAUUCUUCAUUAAUAUUUCUAAAACAUUGUGUUUCUUUUUAGUAACUCUUGUUUUGUCUGGAUUAAUCAGUAAAAGUUUGGAUAUUUGUAUUGUUCCCAUAAGAAUAAACAGUAGUUUAUACUGUAACGGAGGAAGUAUUAUAUGCAGGAAAAGUUAUAUAGGUGCAGUACUGGUAUAAAAACCAAGAAGUUAAUGUACUGAAAUUACAAAUGCAAAUUCCUUCUUUUGCAGGUAAUGUUUCAGCAUCUUUUUUUUUUUUUGUUAUAUUGCCUCUAUUAAGUUAGAUGGUAGCAAAUGGUAUUUUAAAGUUUGAAAUUCAAACUAUUUUUUGUUUAUUUUGUCAAAUAAGAUCUAUUUCUUACAAAGCUGUAAAAAAAGGUAAAUAUUGGAAGUAUAUGAUUGACUACAUUCAUUUGUAUUUUAAUCAUCUACAUCAUUAUGAAGACUGCAGUAUGUAGAAAAAAAAUGUAUGACCUAAUUAUCAAUUUAAGCAUUUUUUUGUGAUUUGUUCUUGAACACUUUUAACAAAAUAAUCUUAUAUUGAUGUUUUUCUUAGCAGUGAGUGGGUUCAACUAUCUGAUUUUUUUUUUUGCCUUCAUUGUAAAUAUUGAUCUUUAUUUCUAUGUUUCGGUUCUUUUUUAAAGUUUUCAUAGAAAAAGCUGCCAGAAAACUAAGACCACUUGUUUGUUUUUUUUGUGUUAUUGCCUUGGAAAUGUUGCUCAAAGUAGUAUAAAUGUACAGACUCCAGAAUAUUUUGUUUGGAGGUUGUAAUUUUCACACUGUUUUAACUUGGUAUUAAUUUUAUACUAGUAGGAAAUCGGUGUUACCUGUAUCUAUGACUGUUCAAAUACAUUUACUACUAGAGAGUAAUAAAAAGUAUUUUUUUAUUUAAACGUUAUUUUUAUCACUAGUUUCAUUUAAUAUAGAAAAAAUCCUAGUCUUCUCACUAAGGAAAGUCGUUUUUUCUUGUACCAUUUUCCACCAUUUACCACUCUGAUACCGGUUUUUUGUAACAUACCAUUGGUCAUUAGCUGUAAUUAUUCCUUUACAUUACUGCUACUACUUUAAUCAUGGUAUUAUAUAGAAUUUGAUAUAGUGACUGUGUUGUGAAAUUCAGUAGUUCAACUAGCUUGAAUACUUUAAAGUUGACAAUUGUGAGAUUCUAGAUAUCAAAGUCAGUUGCAGUUGGGUUGAUUAAGAUGAAUUAUGUGAUGCUAAAGUAGGCUGCACUUGUAAGUGAUAACAGGAAAGUCAAAGAUAUAAGCAAAAAUUGUUUGACUGACAAAGUUUUAGCAAUUACUGAUAUUUAAAUUAGAGCAGAGGACAAAUGUUUAAAACAUUACCAAUGUAAAUAAACACUCUGAUCCUAUUUGUUAUUUUACCUACAUGUGUUACUUUUCAUCACACGCAAUGUUCCCUAUGAAUAGACUAUUACUAAUAGUUACGCAGAAAAACCUUUUAUAAUGUGUGUGUGUUUGUUUUUGUGUUGACUGAGCUAGAUCAGCCCUUGUGUAAGGUUCAGGUGCUCUACAGAUGUUAACUCAUUUAAUCUUUUGGUAAAAAGUAAGUUCUAGAUAGUUUACAGUUAGAAUACAAAAAAUUAUAACUCGAGAGAGAAGCACAUUUAUGUGCUUGAGUUUAAAAUAUAGCAUUUUUUUUGAAAACCUUAGUUUGUCUUCCACUCAAAUUGAAAACAAAUUUCAGUGCUUGUUACAUAUUCAACUCUCUUUCAUUCAACAUACAUAUAUUUUUUGAAAGAAAAGUUAUGCUAAUAUUUUUUUCAUAGAAUUGAAAUAUUACUCUCCACAUGGACAGCAGCUUUUGAAACCAAAUGGAAAAUUUACAAAACAAACAAUGCACUUUUUGUAGGUACGUGAAAUUAAGGAAGGUAAAUAUAACUUGCUUUAAUGUUGUCUUUUCAUCUAAAAGGCAUUGCUUAGAUCCUUUUCCAAAACACUUUGCUGUUCAUACUCGGGAUUUUAGAACUUUUAUUCAACAAGAUCUGACAGUUACUGAAGUCAGUUCAUUAUACCCUAAUCACUAUUUAGUUUCUACAGAUUAUUUACUCGUAAUUGAUUGAGAAAAGAUACUUAUAAAAAUAUUUAUGCUCCUUCUUACAGAAGGCUGCUAUUCACACUUCAAGUAUUAUGUAGUAGUUUCAUGUUAAAUAUGCUACAGUUUGUGUAAUAUUUCAGUAUAAAUUACAGAUGAUAGUUCACUCAGUAGUAGUUUCAUGUUAAAUAUGCUAUAGUUUGUGCAAUAUUUCAGUAUAAAUUAGAUAUGAUAGUAUUGUUUUAAGGUGGAACGAUAAAUACAGGAAUUACGUGUCUGUAAAGAAGGAUUUUUUUCUUUCAUAAUACUAAAUAAUUUUUCUGUAAAGUGAGAAAUAUUUUUGAAUACUAAAGGGAGCUAAGUGUAUAUAGGCAAAAUUUUCAUUUAAUGAAGAGAAAACAAAUAUUUCAGGGUUACAGACAGAAAUAAGAUACUUGUAAGUUGAUUAAUAAUGAUCAUAGGGUUUUAAUUAUGUGUAUUAUUAUACUACAUAGGGUGUGUGUUAGUAUUUUCACAUUGGAUGGUAAAAAUAUCUUGUAGAAGUUUUAGUAUAUUCUUGUUGGUUUGAUACCAUACCAUACACUGGACUUUCUCUUUAUUUCAAUCAAGAAAACAUGUUUAACCCUGUGUUGUUUUUCAAUAUGAAACGACAUAAAAACCAAGACCUCCAGAUUCAUGAAAUAUUCUUUAAUAUCAGUUUUCUAACUGAUUUAUAUAAUUCAAACCAUAUGGUUAACUUCUUUGUUAAAUGUAAAAAUUGUACUAAAUGCAUGUUGAGUUUUUUGGCAUUGGUAGUUCAAUUGAUAUUUACAAAAUUUAUUUCGUGUUGAAUAUUUAGAUAAACUGAUGACUGUUUUUAAGAUCAUUGUGUAAUAAUCAAUAGAAGUCAUGAGCACUGAAUCACUUGUUUUAUUCUAGGACCUACUUUUAUAUUAUUUCAUAAUUUUUGACAUGUUUUAUUGAAAAAGGACUGAUUUUUUGUUGUUUGGAAAGUAGGUAACAUAUUUUAAAUUUAUAGCAGAUAAGAGGGAGAAAAGCUGGAACUUAUAGAAAAUAUGACUUACCUUAAAAGUUGUAUCUAAAUCUAUAUAAUCAUAUCUUCCAGAAAAGAGGAAACAAAAAAAGACUGCAAUGAAAGUUUUACAGUGUCAUUUAUAGCCUAAACUUCCAUGCUGAUUUUUGGGACAUUUCUUACUUAGUAUCAAAGUUUUUUUGCCUCUGUCACAUUGAAAUGUUGGAUUAGCCUAAUUCAGCCUUUGAAUGAUUCUAUAUAUGUAUUUAUUAAUUUGAAAAUAUAGAUUUAAAUCCUUAUAAUUUGUUUUAUUGAUUAAUCAUCAAAUUUGUAUAUGUUUUGGCAAGUACUUUUAUUUCUUAGGUCUUAAAAAGGCAUAUUAUUAUUUUUAUUUUUUUGUGAGAGAGCUUGCAGGCUUUUACUUAAUCUUUGUACAGUUACAUUUUAUUGUAAAGAUAUGUAAUAUUUUAUGACCAGGAGAAGUUGUUUUGAGUUUGAAGUAAAAUGGUUGAGGGUCACUUAACUGUAUAGUCUGUACUUUAUUGUGUUUUUCUGUAGAGAAUAUUUAUAUUAUUCACUCAACAUGAUGACGUGUACAGAACUUGAAAUAAAUUUGAUUAAUGAAAAAAUGUAUGAAAUUGCAAAUUUGAACAUUAGUUACUUAUUGAUACUUACAGUAUUGUAGGCAAGGAGAUGCUAGUUUUAAAAACUUACAGUAUAUCUAAGAGAAGGCUUUGCAUGAUGUUUAAUGCCUUUUUUUAAAACAUGUUUUACUUUCAAGAAAGUGAGUAGCUGUAGACUUGCAGAAUACGUUGAAUCUACUAAACAAGACAUAGUUGUUAAUAAAACUUCUAACAGAAAUCAAUGAACUGAAGUUAGAACUAGAAUUAUGGAGUUAUAUAGAUCUACUUGGUUGUAUAAAGAAAUCUUUUUGAAAAUAAAUCAUUUUGACAUCCUUUU